GAGAGAGAAAAAAAAAUUAAAGGGGAAAUAGAAAGUGUAGAACAGUGACUCUUCUUGUUCUGCAAGUUUAAUGGUGUGUGAGAGUGGGCACAGUACACCCUCCUCAGUAACGGAAUGAGAAUGUUUAAUCUUUGCAUGCUUCACCAACUCCUCACAGAUAAAGCCCAAUCACCCAGAUGUGAUUUUUUUUCUUUUUUUGGUUUUCAAAUGCAAAUGCGAUUGUGAGUCCCAUCAGAUACACGCCACCUUUGAUUGUUCUACCCUACCCUAACGAGGUGGUUUUAAUGGCGUCUUUUUCUUUUUUGGUGCUGUUCUUAUGUGGUUUCGGAUCCUCUGAGUGAAUCACUUUUGUUGUUUUUUGUUUUGCUUUUGGUGAGAUGGCGAGAGAGACCAUAGAAAAAGUGAGAGGGGAUGGGGAACUGGAGGAUGAGUUAGAAAUGCUGCUGGAUGAGAUCCCUCACGCCACAUCGCACAAUCGUCAUCAUCUUCGUCAUCUCUGUCAUUCCAAUCGGCACAGACAUGGUGUUGAUGUCGAUCACCCCGAUUGCGUUUUCGCUACGAAACACACACACUAUGGUAACCGUCACGGUUAUGCUAACAGUGUGUAUUACGAUGAUGGCUUCAAAUCCCCCAUGAGUGGGUUCUCUCUACAAUCUGAUGAUUCUUCUUCCAGUUUGUUCUCAAUGUCUCCUCCUCCUUUGGAGGACCUCAAAUCCAGCUUGGCUUCUAGGAGCUCCUAUUAUCCCAACAGCCAUCACGACAAUCUCUACCGCAAUUCUGUGAUCCCUGAUUGCACUGUGAAGCUCAAUGAGACUGAGAGGUUGGUUCAUGAACUAGGUCUCUGCUCUAAUUUCAGUAAAAUGUGCAUUGCUGAUAAUACACACCAGAAUCCUAAUUUUAUUCCGUUUAGCGAUUAUGUUAAUAAUCUUCCCAACACGUGUGGUGGUGGGGACUGUGAUAAUUUUGGAAGAAGGUUUAGUGAUUCUGUGGGGUUUCAAUUCCCUGUAACUAGGGCAAGGAGUUCUGUCGCUGGUGUUACUUCAGCAUUGUCACGAUUGACUCGGGAUGAUAAAAUGAGUAAUCUAUUUGGGUCAUUGCAGUCUUGUCCUAGGUUGCAUGAGCACGAAAUGCUCUCUCAAUUAAAUGGAUUCAGUGGUGGUUCGAUGGAUUCUCGUAGGCGUGGAAGGCCGCUGAUGAGUAACUACUUUGAAAGUGAAAGUGUGGUGCCCAAGAUUUCUGGUUCCUUGAGCCAAAAUCCAACUAUUGAUGCUGCUUCACUUUAUGCACAGAAAUAUGGAAUUAACUUAUUGGAAGAAAGGGGUGUGUCAAGACUGCCCAAUAAUUCCGUUUGUCCUAACUUAAAGCCUUGUAUGAGUGUUCAUGAGUUGCUGCAGUAUGGCCUUUCUCAGCCUAAUGCAAGAGUUGUGCCACUUUUGAAAUCUAGAAUUCCCCGAGGAAAUCUUGAUGCUAUUAGAAGUGAGGGGAGUUUCAUUAUACAGGGGGAAGGUUUAAAUUAUGUUGCUAGUAGGGUUUCGGAUCAUUCAAGGUGUCAGCGUGCUGUGCUCGAAGGUGGCUUUGCUAAGCAGCUACACCCGUCCGAGCUAGACAUCCGACACCAGAUUGUAGGAUAUGAAAAUCCCAGGAGUCCCAGGAAUGGGUGCACAUUCCCUAUGCUACCUAAGUAUAAUUCCCUUGCAGAAGCUCGAGGGUCGUUAUAUUUAAUAGCCAAAGAUCAACAUGGCUGUAGAUUCCUGCAAAGAAUGUUUGAUGAGGGUACACCGGCAGAUGUUCAAAUGAUAUUUAGUGAGAUAAUUGAUCAUGUAGUGGAACUUAUGAUGAAUCCUUUUGGAAAUUACCUUAUGCAAAAGUUGUUGGAUGUAUGUGAUGAAGAACAGAGGAUGCAGAUCAUACUUGUGGUUACACAGGAGACAGGGCAGCUUGUCAGAAUCUCUUUAAACACUCACGGCACUCGUGUGGUGCAGAAGCUGAUUGAGACUCUCAAAACUAGGCAGCAAAUUUCAUUAGUUGUAUCGGCUUUGCAACCAGGAUUCUUGGUCCUCAUCAAAGAUCUUAAUGGAAAUCAUGUGGUUCAACACUGUUUACAAUGCCUAAGCAAUGAAGAUAACAAAUUCAUAUUUGUUGCUGCUGCCAAGUAUUGUGUUGACAUUGCCACUCAUCAACAUGGGUGUUGUGUUCUACAAAGAUGCAUUGGUCAUUCUCGUGGGGAGCUUAGAGAACAUCUGGUUGCAGAAAUAUCUACUAAUGCACUUCUGUUGGCUCAAAAUCAAUAUGGAAACUAUGUUGUUCAAUUUAUCUUGGACUUGAGGAUUCCUUCGGCGACUACAACUUUAAGUUUGCUAUUUGAAGGUAAAUAUGUGCACCUGUCAAUGCAGAAGUUCAGCAGCCAUGUCGUUGAGAAAUGUCUUGCUGUAUUCAAUGAUGAGAACCGAUCUAGAGUCAUUUGUGAACUACUCGGUGCUCCUCACUUCGAACAGUUGCUUCAAGAUCCACAUGCAAAUUAUGUUGUUCAAUCAGCUCUUCGACAUUCUGAGGGCCAUCUGCGUGAUUCACUAGUUGAAGCAAUUGAGUCCCACAAAGCAAUUUCACGGAAUAGCCCAUAUUCCAAGAAGAUUUUCUCGCAGAAGCUUCUGAAAAAAUGAUUCACAUUUCUCCCCUUAGCAAGUACUGUUGUUGUUCUACUAUAAAAUUCAUUUUGGAGUUUACCACUGAACAAAUGCAUUUCAUGGUUAUUUAACUGUUAAGUUGGGAUGCUAAUAACCAUACAAAGGAGUCAGUCUGUUUUGAAAAACUUAUCCUUCUGCU